AUGACGGCUGCACCAGAUGCCGAUAAGAUUUUCCCCAUCACCACGUUCAUAUCUGACCUGCCCGAGAGUCUCACUCCGCAACUCGUUUCGCCCGCACAAAAUGAACCGGGAUCGGGUGCGCGACGAUUAGUCAUCGUCGGGGAUGUACACGGCAUGAGACGGUCUCUGGAGGCACUCCUGGAAGAGGUCCGCUUCGAUCAGGGCAAAGGGGAUCAUCUGAUCCUAGUGGGUGAUCUGACCAACAAAGGGCCGGACAGCCCUGGUGUCAUCGACCUAGCCGUGAAGCUAGGCGCCAGCGCAGUGCGAGGCAACCACGACAAUGCAGUUCUCGAUGCUGCCGUGGAAAUCAACACAAAAGGAGACAACGCAAUACAUGCUGGAGGCGUAUCCACCGGUGCCGCACAGCUACCGGGGAACUUGGGGGUUGAUUCACCUAACGAGACUGUCGCUUCCGACGGCCCUGAAACAAGCGCAUCUCCCAUAGGUAGUCCUCACACAAGACACAGCGCAACAACGUACCGCACAGCCCGCUCACUGUCGGCACGCCAGCUCGACUGGCUCGCCGCUCUUCCAUUAAUCUUGCGCAUCAAGCUGCCGUAUCAUCCAACGUCAUCCUUAAAUGACAGUCUAGUUGUCGUACAUGCUGGUCUCACCCCCGGCGUCCCGCUUGAGAAGCAAGAUUCCCACGCUGUAAUGCACAUGCGCAGCCUCUCUCACCUGCCGGGCGAUGAAGAGACCUUCGUACCAGCUGAAGCAUCCGGAGAAGAAGGUUGGGCUACCCACUGGGAUCGCUGGCAGGACCAGCUGACAACCCGAACGACGGUGAUAUUCGGGCACGAUGCAAAACGCCGUCUGCAGCUGGGCAGGCAUGCAAUCGGACUGGAUUCCGCAUGUCUAUAUGGCUACCAUCUAAGUGCACUGGUCAUUGAGUCGACCGAUAGGGGAUUUCAACAUCAGGUAGUGCAGGUCAAAUGUGCUGACACGCCUGUUACCCCAACAGCAUAA